GCGUGUUGACAAGUGCGGAGUUCUGCGCUCUUGUUGUUUCGGUUUUGUAUAAUUGUGGCCUAAAGAUGGAGGAAUGAGCUGAGGAGUGUUGCUUGUUUGCGGUGUUCGGAUGAAGCGGAGCAGCAGCCGCAGCGGAGGAAACAGGACCGACUUCCGCUUCUGCUAUCAGAGAGAGCUGAGUUCAGGUCGGGUUAAAGUCAGACAUGAAGGAGGCUGAAGCGGAGCCCGGGCUGUACCGUGCGGCCCGAGCAGCCUCCUCGCUGCUCACACACCUCGGCUGUCUGCUCUUCACCGGGUUCGUAGCGUUUCUGAGUCGACCCGGAACAAGCUGGUUCUCCUGGCAUCCUUUCUUCAUGACCCUAGCUUUCAGCCUCCUCAUGACUGAGGCCAUCCUCCUCUUCUCCCCCCACGGCUCCCCCAUCAGGAAGUAUCCACACAAGACCAAAGGCCGCGUCCACUGGCUGCUGCAGUGCCUGUGCGUGUGCUGCGCCGCCCUGGGCCUGGCCGCCAUCGUCUACAACAAGCAGCUGAACGGCAAACCCCACUUCACGUCCUGGCACGGCCGGCUGGGCCUUCUCACCGUGUGCGCCGCCGGGGUGCAGUCCCUGGCCGCCGUCCCCCUCAUCUACCACUCCCUGGCGAAGGGCUGGUCCCUCGCCAAGCUCAAGCGCUACCACGCGGCGUCCGGGCUCGUCACCUACCUGCUGGGCAGCGGCAGCCUGCUGCUCGGCCUGUGCUCGACGUGGUUCACGGCGUCCGCGGAGGGACCGGCGUGGUACCUGUCGGCGCUCGCCCCGGCCCUCAGCACGCUCGUCGUCAUGAAGCAGGUCUCCUCUGCUUACAUCGCUAAGAAACGGCUGCAGUCCUGACGGAGGACGGAUCGUUGGACUGAUAAAAACUUUGCACCAAGAGAUCCGUUUAGGUCCAAUCUUACAAAACUGAUUUACUUGAAAGCUGAUUUUGGCAGGUGACUUUUUUACAAUUCCAGGAAAAAAAUGUUGGAUCAUCAGCUUUUAUUGUCCUGCUUUUUUUUUGUUACACAAAGUGCACAGAGCCAGCAGACAGACCUGUUUCCUGCUUUCUAUUUUGCCAUAUUUUCAGUAAAAUCUUACACGUACUGCAUUAGCUGCUUCAGAAAAUAUAUAUGAAAUAUCAACUAUGCCCUUAAUGAUGCUUUGUAUGUGAUGUUAAAUGGUACAGAUAUUGUGAAGAAUUCACAUUUAAAUUAAUAUGACUCAGGUAUGAUUUCACUUUGUUCUUUUUCAAUUUUCUGAAAAAUUUGUAAGAAAAAAAAUCUAACCAGCCAAAGUGUCUAUUUUUUGUUCUGAACGACAUAAAUUAUUGAAGUGUAACCACUGUAUCGUGUUACGAUCUUGAAUGAUAGUAAUUUUCCAAGUCGUCGUAGAUAUUUUAAAUCUGUUUCAAACUGUCAGUUUUACUGUUGGAUCACAUUAAACCAUCAGCCUGUUAGAAUUAAGAAAGCAAUAUAUAUUUCUUAAAUGUCAAACUGUGAAAGUGACACAUUCAAACUGCAAUUACUUUUAAUUAAAGAGCAAUCGAAACAUAAAUCAAGGUUAUGUUAAAAAAAAAAAGCUUGUUUAAAUUCUGACUGAACUGACAGACUGAAUUGGGAGAGGAACAAAGAAAAUCAAUGAAGAAAUCCAGA